GGUAAUGCGUGUCUUGAGGAUCAAUCACAGUCUCAGACUCGAGCCGCCGCGAUGCUAACAGGCUAACAGGCUAACCGGGAGAUUUAUCGGUUAAAACGCGAAGAAGAAACAACGGAAACGGAAGAAAAAGUUGGUGAGUGAAUGAAGAGCAGCCGCACUGCCUGAUGGGAAACAGAGCAGACAUCUCUUCACUUUUCAAACAGUUCGGCUGCUGCUGCUAAAUGUUAGCGGCUAACGUGUUAGCAGUGUGGAAAGUUUGAGGAAGUGAGACCUGUUCAGGAUGAGUGAGGACCCCGAGCUGCAGGGGGCGGCAGAGUUCAUCAGAGAGCGUCUGUACUUCGCCACGUUACGCAGUAAACCCAAGAGCACGGCCAACACACACUACUUCUGCACCGACGAAGAGUUCGUCUACGAGAAUUUCUAUGCAGACUUCGGGCCUCUCAACUUGUCCAUGUUGUUCAGAUUCUGCUGCAAACUCAACAAGAAGCUGAAGUCCUUCACUCUGACCAGGAAACGAAUCGUUCACUACACCAGCUUCAACCAGAGGAAGAGAUCCAACGCUGCUGUUCUGAUUGGAGGAUACGCUGUGAUUUAUUUGAAGAAAACUCCAGAAGAAGCGUACCGAGCUCUGAUCUCUGGAUCGAACGCCUCCUACCUGCCCUUCAGGGAUGCGUCCUUUGGAAACUGCAGCUACAGUCUCACUCUGCUUGACUGUCUUCAGGGCAUCAGGAAGGCUCUGCAGCACGGCUUCUUUGACUUCGAGACCUUUGAUGUGGACGAGUAUGAACAUUACGAGCGGGUGGAGAACGGAGACCUGAACUGGAUUGUCCCGGGGAAGUUUGUGGCGUUCAGCGGACCUCACCCGAAAACUAAAGUGGAGAACGGUUACCCUCUCCAUGCCCCCGAGGCGUACUUCCCCUACUUCAGAAAACACAACGUCACCACCAUCGUCCGUCUCAACAAGAAGAUCUACGAUUCCAAACGUUUCACCGACGCCGGGUUCGACCACUAUGACCUCUUCUUCGUAGACGGCAGCACGCCGAGCGACACCAUCACACGCCGCUUCCUGCACAUCUGUGAGAGCACAGACGGAGCUGUGGCCGUCCACUGCAAAGCUGGUCUGGGCAGGACAGGCACUCUGAUUGGCUGUUACCUGAUGAAACAUUAUCGCUUCACAGCGGGCGAGGCCGUGGCCUGGAUCCGGAUCUGCAGACCGGGCUCUGUGAUUGGACCUCAGCAGAACUUCCUGGAAGAGAAGCAGGCGGCGCUGUGGUUGCUCGGCGACAGUGAACGCGCCCAGAAGAUCAAGCUUGAGGAGAGGGUGGUGUCUCACCUCAUCACCAGUAUGGAUGACCUCAAUUUAAACUCCGCCCAAAACAGCAACACGAGCAGAUCAACGACCUCUGACCUUCUACACAAGGGGGAGCUAACAGACGGUGGGCUCGCUCUGACUCAGGGAGACAAACUAAGAGCGUUAAAGAGUCGACGCCCCCCCCGUCCCACCACCACCGGACCUCUGAGGAUGGACGACAUGAAGAUUCACAGCAGAUCAGCGUCUCAGCCGCUCAGGUUAUCGAUGGGAGCCCCCCCCCCUUCCCCCCUAAAGUCCUUCAGGUUCCCAUCAUCCUCUGCUUCAGCUGCAGCCAAGAGGAUCGGGAGGAGUCCGUCAUCAACGGCCUCGAAUAUUAGGAGCUCAGCCCUUGGCUCUCGAUUGGCCAGCUCUCUGACUGACCUUUAUGUGGAGGAGGAAACAACAAAUCAUUAUUCUUCACCUCCUCCCUCCUCCUCCUCUUUGCCUCUAAGCCCCUCCUCCCUGGUCCCGUCUUCUCUUUGUCGCUAUGGUAAUGGCCCUCGCGGUAUGCAGCACGAAGUCAACAACAACAGCAGUCCGUUCAGCUCCACAGUGCCCCCUGCAGGAAAAAGCUUUGUCCGCCCAGGGCCCCAGGACUUGGGCCCUUGCAGAGGCCCUGGGCCCUACAGUGCUAUGAAGGGCCCGUCAGGACGCUACCUGAGCCGCUCCAUACCUUCUCUUCAGUCUGACUUCAUCCAGUACUAAAACUACAGAUCUGACCUGAGGACACAUUACCCACAAUUCCCCCUGGCGACCCUGAAAAGGAAGCGACGGAAGCAGCGACUGAAGACGCUGAACAGCUGCUCUGUCUACACUGAAUGUAAAUGCGAUGAUGUCAUCGACUCGCGUCGAUACAGAGACAGAUUUUAUAUAAAUGUAUUUUUAUUUUAACAAAGAUCAUUUAGAGUUUUCGAUGAACUGAAGGAUCAGCUGACGACAACUCGCUCUGUCGUCAUGGUUACAGUAUUAACUUUGUGUUUGUGAGUCAGUGUGAAGGAUCCAAUCAUUUUAUUAUCGAUAGCAACAAUAAAGAAGGAAGAAGAAGAAACCGAAAACGGAACAUUAGCAACAAACUCAGGGCAUUAAUGUGUGUUUAUAAACCAGCAAUGAUGUGUUUACUGACCAGUGGAACGUGUGUUAACACCGUGUGAUGUCAACACGUGUGUGUGGUGAGCGUGUUGGUGUGUAUGUUGACGUGGUCAUUAGGGCUUCAUGAUACAUCAAAAAUGAAUCGCCACGAUAUCGACGUGAUAUACAUAUUGCAAAAAAGUAUUCACGCUCUACAUGUGAAUAAAUUUGGCCAAUCAGAGGAGCCCUGCUGCCAUAGAUAAUAAAUAGAUUAAAUUCAUUAAAUAAUAAAUAGAAUGGAAAUAAUGUUUUUAACUUAUUUACUCACUGUAUUGGGUCUAUAGCAGUGACGCCAGAGCAGAAAGACAUUUGUUUAUUUAUCACAAGUCUUAUAGUCAUGAAGAUAUUCAACAGCGUUAUCGCAUGUUUUCCUACUAUUGUGCAGCCCUAGUGUGCAGUCUGCCUGUUUUUGUGUAUGUUGACAUGUCCGUGUUGACGUGUGUUGGUGUAUUGUGUGUGUGUUGCAUUGGGACACGUGUCCUCAGAGAAUGAUGAAAUCUGAGACGAGGUCCAACAUGUAUAUCAGACAGAAGUCAGCUCAGGAAGAACUUCGUUUCUGGGUAGACGCUAAAUAUUUGUCAGCUGAUUGGCUGUCUGGAGAUAAGCUGAUCAAUUGAUCAGAGAAUAAUUCUAAUGUCCGAGACUCUACCUCUUACACUUUCAAAAUAAAAGCUCCAAGGAGUAAGAACAAUGAAAUGUUUGAUAUUAAAACAGCAAAAAAAACACAAAAACGACGCUCAACCAUUGGUUAAUGCUCCCCAGUCACAUGAUAAUGGUGAUUAUUAUCACUAUUAUUAACAACAAUAAAUCUGAGAGAAGUGAACGCUUCACUGCACAAAGUGCCUUUAUCUCUAGUUUGCAGAGGGCUUUUAUUUUGAAGUGAUUUUAAUAAUUAUUGCUUCAGUCUGAUUCUUUAAAAAAAAACUUAAUUCUAACUUUAUUUAAACAUAACGAAGGGAUGAGUUACAAAAUACAUGUGUAGCCUUUUUUCUUAAUUCACUUUAUUUCUGAGAAGAUGCACAAAUAAAAUCUCUUUCUUCUGAU